UAAUCGGCUGCGCUCGGUGAAUUCCGUAAGUCGAGAAGGGAUUUACUCUAAAGAGGCAGGAGGAGACCGUAGUUUACUGUGCAUCGAGGUGUUGUGAGCUUGCAAUGAAACUGCGGUAAACAAACUCACCGCUGUGAAGAUCUGCAGGGGCUUCAGAGUCAUUUACGCCUCAAAAUUACGGUGUGGACUGGUUGUAAUACUUGAGUUGGCAGGAUGGUGGUGCUGUCUCUGAAGAUCUGUGUGAGACAGUGUAAUGUGGUGAAGACUAUGCAGUUUGAGCCGUCAACGGCUGUGUAUGACGCAUGCAGAGUCAUCAGAGAGAGGGUACCAGAAGCCCAGACAGGACAAGCAUCAGAAUAUGGGCUGUUUCUAUCAGAUGAGGACCCCAGGAAGGGCAUCUGGCUGGAGGGUGGCCGGGCGCUGGAUUAUUACAUGCUGAGAAAUGGGGACAUACUGGAGUAUAAGAAAAAACAAAGACCUCAAAAGAUAAAAAUGCUGGACGGGGCAGUUAAAACUAUCAUGGUGGACGAUUCCAAAACUGUGGGAGAGCUGCUUGUCACUAUCUGCAGUAGAAUAGGAAUCACAAACUAUGAAGAGUACUCUCUCAUUCAGGAGGGGGUGGAAGAGAAGAAAGAUGAAGGGACGGGUACACUUAAGAAGGACAGAACACUCCUGAGGGAGGAGAGGAAGAUGGAGAAACUUAAAGCUAAACUGCACACAGAUGAUGACUUGAAUUGGUUGGACCACGGGCGUACAUUUAGAGAACAGGGGGUUGAGGAGAGCGAAACUUUGCUGUUGAGGCGAAAGUUCUUUUACUCUGAUCAAAAUGUGGACUCUCGAGAUCCAGUGCAGCUUAAUUUGCUCUACGUACAGGCACGUGAUGACAUACUGAAUGGUUCUCAUCCGGUGUCGUUCGACAAGGCUUGUGAAUUUGGUGGCAUUCAAACGCAGAUCCAAUUUGGUCCUCAUAUAGAACAUAAACACAAGUCAGGAUUUCUGGACUUGAAAGAGUUUUUGCCUAAAGAGUACAUCAAACAAAGAGGUGCGGAGAAGAAACUUUUUCAGGAGCAUAAGGCUUGUGGUGAAAUGACAGAGAUUGAAGCCAAAGUGAAGUAUGUGAAGCUUGCGAGAUCCCUCAGAACAUACGGGGUGUCUUUUUUCUUAGUGAAGGAGAAAAUGAAAAGCAAGAACAAACUGGUCCCAAGGCUGCUUGGUAUAACCAAAGAAUCGGUGAUGCGAGUGGAUGAGAGAACCAAAGAUGUGGUUCAAGAGUGGCCGCUAACCACAGUGAAGAGAUGGGCUGCAUCACCUAAGAGCUUUACACUGGAUUUUGGAGAGUAUCAGGAAAGCUACUAUUCAGUUCAGACCACCGAGGGCGAGCAGAUAUCUCAACUUAUAGCUGGUUACAUUGACAUCAUCCUUAAGAAGAAACAAAGCAAGGACCGAUUUGGUUUGGAGGGAGAUGAGGAGGCCACCAUGUUAGAGGAGUCAGUUUCUCCGAAAAAAUCCACUAUAUUACAACAGCAGUUUAACCGUGUUGAACAGGUAGAGCAUGGCUCGGUUGCUCUGCCAGGGAUCUUGAGGUCGGGUUCUGUGGGUCCAGAAACGCUGAACAUGGGAACAAUGCCAUCUCCACAACAACAGAUCACCACUGGACAGAUGCAUCUUGGACAUAUGCCACCCCUGAGUGCAGCCCAACAGGCUCUAGUGGGCACCAUCAACACCAGUAUGCAGGCGGUGCAGCAGGCACAGUCGGACUUGGAGGACGUCGAAGAGCUGCCACCACUUGGAGAUGAUAUGGCUUCUAAGAUGUGGAUUCAAAACAAGAUGGAUGAAUCCAAGCAUGAUAUUCACUCUCAGGUGGAUGCCAUCACAGCUGGAACUGCAUCUGUGGUCAAUCUCACUGCUGGUGACCCAGUAGACACAGAUUAUACCGCAGUAGGCUGUGCCAUCACCACAAUCUCCUCUAAUCUGACGGAGAUGUCAAAGGGUGUAAAGCUGCUGGCUGCUCUGAUGGAGGAUGAAGUGGGCAGCGGGCAGGACCUGAUGAGAGCCGCAAGGACUCUAACUGGAGCUGUAUCUGACCUGCUCAAAGCCGUGGAGCCCACAUCAGGGGAGCCACGACAGACGGUUCUGACCGCAGCUGGUAGUAUCGGCCAAGCCAGUGGAGAUCUUCUUCGGCAGAUUGGAGAGAACGAAACGGACGAGCGGUUCCAGGAUGUGCUGAUGAACCUGGCUAAAGCCGUGGCUAAUGCAGCAGCCAUGAUGGUUCUGAAGGCCAAGAACGUGGCUCAGGUUUCUGAAGACGUCGUCCUGCAAAACAGGGUUAUUGCUGCUGCUACCCAAUGUGCCCUCUCCACUUCACAACUUGUAGCAUGUGCAAAGGUUGUGAGCCCCACUAUCAGUUCACCGGUGUGUCAGGAGCAGCUGAUUGAGGCUGGUAAACUGGUGGAUCGUUCAGUUGAAGGUUGCGUGAAGGCCUGUCUGUCGGCUACCAGUGACGGGGAACUGCUGAAGGCGGUCAAUGCUGCGGCUGGCAUCGUCACCCAGUCCCUCAGUGACCUCCUGACGCACGUGAGGAACUACGCUACACGUGGCGAGCCCAUUGGACGUUACGACCAGGCGACUGACACCAUCAUGACCGUUACAGAGAGUAUUUUCAGCUCCAUGGGUGAUGCUGGGGAGAUGGUGAGACAGGCGCGGGUUCUGGCCCAGGCGACCUCUGACCUGGUUAAUGCAAUGCGAUCAGAUGCUGAGGUGGAGAUGGAUAUCAACAAUUCUAAAAAGCUUCUCGCUGCUGCCAAACUGCUUGCAGAUGCCACUGCUCGAAUGGUUGAGGCUGCAAAGGGAGCUGCAGCGUAUCCUGAGAAUGAAGACCAGCAGCAGAAGCUGCGAGAGGCUGCAGAGGGUCUGCGUGUGGCCACCAACGCAGCUGCCCAGAACGCCAUCAAGAAGAAACUCAUAACAAGACUGGAGAACGCUGCUAAACAAGCUGCUGCUGCUGCCACUCAAGCCAUUGCGGCGGCCCAGAAUGCAGCAGCCUCUAACAAAAAUACUGCCGCCCACCAGCAACUGGUUCAGAGUUGCAAGGCUGUAGCCGACCACAUCCCUCAGCUGGUGCAGGGAAUUAGGGGCAGUCAAGGGCAGCCAGAGGAUGAUAGUGCCCAACUUGCCCUUAUCAUUGCCAGUCAGAACUUUCUUCAGCCCGGUAGUAAGAUGGUGUCCUCUGCAAAGUCGUCCGUACCCACGGUGACUGACCAGGCGGCAGCCAUGCAGCUGGGACAGUGUGCCAAAAACCUGGCCACCAGUCUGGCCGAGCUCCGCACGGCUGCACAGACGGCUCAAGAGGCAUGUGGCCCAAUGGAAAUCGACUCUGCCCUCAUAGCAGUGCAGACACUUAAAAAUGAACUCCAGGAUGCUAAAAUGGCUGCUUCUGAGGGACAACUGAAACCUCUACCUGGUGAAUCGUUGGAUAAGUGCACUCAUGACCUGGGUGGUACUUCUAAGGCUGUUGGCUCCUCCAUGGCCCAGCUGCUUACCUGUGCUGCACAGGGGAAUGAGCAUUACACAGGUAUAGCCGCAAGCGAAACGGCCCAGGCUCUUAAGACUUUAGCGCAGGCCGCGAGGGGCGUUGCUGCUACCACGUCCGACCCCACUUGCGCUGCAGCUAUGCUGGAUUCUGCACGGGAGGUUAUGGAAGGAUCGGCCAAAUUGAUUUCUGAAGCCAAACAGGCGCUGGUUGCCCCUGGUGAUGCAGAGCUGCAGCAAAGGCUGGCACAGGUAGCGAAGGCCGUGUCUUACUCACUUAACGCUUGUGUGAACUGCCUACCUGGCCAGAAGGACGUUGAUAUGGCUUUGAAAAGCAUUGGAGAGGCCAGUAAAAAACUGCUGGUAGAGACGCUUCCUCCCUGCAGUAAAACCUUCCAGGAGGCUCAGAGUGACCUCAACCAGACGGCAGCCGAUCUGAACCAGUCUGCUGGUGAUGUGGUCCAUGCCUCUAGAGGAACCACCACCAAGCUUGCAGACGCUUCAGGAAAGUUCAGUGAGGACUUCGAUGAGUUCCUGGAUGCUGGCAUUGAGAUGGCUGGCCACACUCAGAGUAAGGACGAUCAGAUGCAUGUGAUUGGGAAUCUGAAGAACAUCUCAAUGGCCUCAAGUAAACUGCUGUUGGCUGCGAAGUCUUUAUCUGUGGACCCUGCAGCAGGAAAUGCAAAGAACCUUCUUGCUGCUGCUGCCAGGACUGUCACUGAAAGCAUCAACCAGUUGAUUACCCUGUGUACCCAGAAUGCACCAGGACAGAGAGAAUGUGACAAUGCACUAAGAGAGCUUGAGGCUGUUAAGGGGCUGCUGGAUAACUCGAAUGAGCCAGUCAAUGAUCUCUCUUACUUUGACUGCAUUGAAAGUGUCAUGGAGAACUCUAAGGUCCUUGGUGAGUCUAUGGCCGGUAUAUCUCAUAACUGUAAGACAGGAGAUGUUUUGGCAUUUGGGGACUGUGUGGGUGGAGCUUCGAAAGCUCUCUGUGGGCUGACAGAAGCUGCUGGACAAGCCUCUUACCUAGUGGGUGUGUCUGACCCUCGCAGCCAAGCCGGACAUCCAGGCUUGGUGGAUCCGAUCCAGUUUGCUCGAGCUAAUCAGGCAAUCCAGAUGGCUUGUCAAAAUCUUGUAGACCGAGAUAGUAGUCCUUCACAGGUACUCUCAGCUGCCACCAUUGUUGCCAAACACACCUCAGCGUUGUGUAACGCUUGCCGUCUCGCCUCCUCUAAGACUGCUAACCCUGUAGCCAAACGCCACUUUGUCCAGUCAGCCAAAGAAGUGGCCAACAGCACAGCCAAUUUGGUCAAAACCAUUAAGGCUUUGGAUGGGGAUUUCUCUGAGGAAAACCGCGAGAAAUGCCGCAUUGCAACAGCACCGCUUCUUGAAGCUGUUGACAAUCUGACAACAUUUGCAUCCAAUCCAGAAUUUGCUAGUGUGCCUGCGCAGAUAAGUAGAGAGGGUUGCGCUGCACAGGAGCCAAUCAUCCAAUCAGCUCGCUCCAUGCUUGACAGCUCCACCCACCUUCUGAAAACCGCACGGUCAUUAGUUAUGAACCCUAAAGAUCCACCCACGUGGUCAUCACUCGCAAGCCAUUCACGCAUAGUGUCAGACUCUAUUAAGAGUCUCAUAACUGCUAUCAGGGAUAAAGCUCCUGGCCAGAAAGAAUGUGACUCAGCUAUUGACAAUAUCAAUAAAUGCAUCAGAGAUAUUGAGCAAGCCUCUCUAGCAGCUGUUAGUCAAAAUCUUUCUCGUAGAGAUGAAAUUUCAUCUGAGGCUUUGCAGGAGCAGUUGACAUCUUCAGUUCAGGAGGUGGGUCAUCUCAUUGAGCCCAUCUCUACUGCAGCUAAAGGAGAAGCAGCACAACUGGGACAUAAGGUCUCCCAGUUGGUCAGUUACUUUGCUCCUCUGGUCUCAGCCUCUAUGGGCAUGGCCUCCAAAAUCUUGGAUCACCAGCAGCAGAUGAACCUUCUGGAUCAGACCAAGACUCUUGCUGAGUCUGCUCUGCAAAUGCUUUAUGCUGCCAAGGAAGGUGGUGGAAACCCAAAGGCGACUCAUACCCAUGAUGCGAUAGCAGAAGCUGCCCAGCUCAUGAGGGAAGCGGUUGACGAUCUCAUGGUGACCCUGAAUGAAGCUGCCAGUGAGGUUGGGAUGGUUAGUGGUAUGGUGGACUUAAUCGCUGAUGCCAUGGGCAAGCUGGGUGAAGGUACCCCACCAGAACCAGAAGGUUCAUUUGUGGAAUACCAGACCACCAUGGUGAAACAUUCAAAAGCUAUUGCCGUCAGUGCACAAGAGAUGAUUACUAAAUCCGUGAGCGCCCCAGAAGAUCUGGGCAGUCUCGCCUCUCAGGUCACGGCGGACUACAACCAGCUGGCAGUACAGGGUCGUCUGGCUGCUGCUACUGCUGAGCCAGAGGAGAUCGGUUUCCAGAUAAAGACACGCGUGCAGGAGCUGGGGCAUGGAUGCAUUGUGCUCGUCCAGAAAGCUGGUGCUCUGCAGAUCACUCCAUCUGACUCGUUCACAAAAAGAGAACUCAUCGAGUGCGCUCGAGCCGUGACUGAAAAGGUUUCUAUGGUACUCUCAGCAUUGCAAGCGGGUAAUAAAGGCACUCAAGCCUGUAUCACUGCAGCCAGUGCUGUUUCGGGCAUCAUCGCUGAUCUGGACACCACCAUAAUGUUCGCUUCUGCCGGUACACUAAAUACAGAGAAUGAUUCUGAUUCCUUCGCUGACCACAGGGAGAAUAUUUUAAAGACGGCCAAAGCUCUGGUAGAGGACACCAAGAACCUUGUUUCAGGUGCAGCGUCAAGUCAGGAGAAGCUGGCCCAUGCAGCCCAGUCCUCUGCCAAGACCAUCACGCAGCUUACAGAUGUAGUGAAAUUGGGAGCGGCAAGCAUAGGUCCAGAUGACCCAGAGACUCAGGUCGUGCUGAUCAACGCGGUGAAGGAUGUUGCUAAAGCUUUAGCUGAGCUCAUCAGCGCCACCAAGUGUGCAUCUGGAAAAGCAGCGGAUGAUCCCUCCAUGUUCCAGCUCAAGAAUGCAGCCAAGUUGUCCCCCAGAUUGCUGGAGGGUGGUCUGGAAUUGUCUCCUAACUCAGAUAUGAGUAAAAGUGUUCUGGUUAUGGUAACCAAUGUGACGUCUUUACUGAAAACUGUGAAGGCGGUGGAGGAUGAAGCAUCGAGAGGAACCAGAGCUCUGGAGGCCACUAUUGAGUGUAUCAAACAGGAACUUACAUUGUUCCAGUCCAAGGAAGCCCCUGAGAAAUCAACAACUCCAGAAGAGUUCAUACGGAUGACCAAGGGCAUCACCACGGCAACCGCCAAAGCCGUAGCUGCCGGAAACUUGGCCAGACAGGAGGAUAUCAUCUCCACCGCUAACCUUAGCCGCAAAGUCAUAGCAGAUAUGCUGAACACAUGCAAGCAAGCGGCAUAUCAUGAUGAAGUCAGUGAGGAGGUGAGGAGCAGAGCUCUGCUGUAUGGGACUGAAUGUACCAACGGUUACAUAGAACUUCUGGAACAUGUACUUCAGGUCUUACAGAAGCCAACAGGUGAGCAGAAGCAGAAGUUGGUCAUUUUGUCUAAAAGAGUCGCUGCGGCUGUCACUGAACUGAUUCAAACAGCAGAGGCCAUGAAAGGCACUGAGUGGGUUGAUCCUGAGGAUCCCACAGUGAUUGCAGAAACAGAACUGUUGGGAGCGGCUGCCUCGAUCGAAGCGGCAGCCAAGAAACUUGAGCAGCUCAAACCAAGAGCCAAACCAAAGCAAGCUGAUGAGAGUUUGGACUUUGAAGCGCAGAUUCUCGAGGCAGCCAAAUCUAUAGCUGCAGCGACCAGCGCCUUGGUCAAAUCAGCUUCAGCUGCUCAGAGGGAACUCGUAGCCCAGGGCAAGGUUGGAGCUAUCCCUGCUAAUGCUGUAGAUGAUGGUCAGUGGUCUCAAGGACUGAUUUCAGCUGCUCGGAUGGUUGCUGCAGCCACCAGUAACCUCUGUGAGGCGGCGAAUGCAUCGGUUCAGGGCCAUGCCAGUGAAGAGAAGCUCAUCUCCUCUGCCAAACAGGUGGCUGCCUCCACUGCACAGCUGCUGGUGGCAUGCAAGGUCAAAGCCGAUCAGGAUUCAGAGGCGAUGAGGAGGCUGCAGGCUGCAGGAAAUGCUGUGAAACGCGCAUCUGACCAUCUGGUUCGAGCAGCCCAGAAAGCAGCUUUCAACAAAGCUGAUGAUGAUAAUGUAGUGGUCAAGACCAGGUUUGUUGGAGGAAUUGCUCAGAUUAUUGCUGCUCAGGAAGAGAUGUUGAGGAAGGAAAGAGAGCUGGAGGAGGCCCGAAAGAAGCUGGCACAGAUCAGACAACAGCAGUACAAGUUCCUCCCAAGUGAACUCCGAGAAGAUGACCAUAAAUAAACAUAAAUGUCCUAUUUCACCUGAUAACGGGAAGUUUUCCACAAUGAUGUUUGCCAGCAGAGCACAGAAGAAAAUCUCUUUUACAGUCCGUACAACACCUACUGAGCCGGAUCGUACAUUUUUAAGUAUUUAAACUGAAGACAUUCGAACCUUGGAUGCCUCCUCCACCACAGAAAUAUUUCUGGCAUAAGACGUGUGCAUGAAGUUUUCAGAAAUUGUUAUUUUUGGAGGUGAAUUACUGUGCCUGCAACACAGCAGGAAUGGCAUGUUUGGAGUGUUGAGCAAAUGCAAUGAAGAUGAGAUGGUUCAUCUCUGUCAUUAAAAUAAAGCAUUAACAUUUUUGAGGGUUAAAAUAUGGAAUAGUCUUCAGUGUUUGGUUUACUUCUUGUCAAGAUGAAGAAAAAGCCUCUUUAAACUCAGUUGAAUGUUUAACCUUUGUAAAUUUGUAAGGGUAAAAUACAUUUUUUAUGCUUUGCUUUCAUUCAUUCACAAAGUAUACAAAUAAAAGAUAUUUAUAUGUAGACAACGUAAUGUGUGUAAUUGUGCAAUGCUAAGAUUAUAAAUUGCAUUUUCACCAUUGAUUGGUUUCUUGCUGCCCAUUGCCUUUAAAAUGAAAUAUUCCCCUACAAUGUGAGAAUACAGUGCUUCAUAGACUGUAUAUGGAGAAUAUAAUUCAUCUUUAGAUGUACUGAAGUUUCAGCUUUACCUUUCUCCAAGAAUAAACCCAAAUACUGAGUGUAUGUGGUUAAUAAAUAUACCAGAAUGGCUCUUCUCUGUUGUUUGAUAAACGGGGCUAAAUAUAUUGCACCUUUUUCUAAACCAGACAUGCUGUAACGUUAACUUAGACUACCGCAGUCUUUUAAGAGUUGUGCCGUUUCUAGCUGCUUAAUGUGAAACUGCUCUCCAUCUCUUAUUUUUCAUCAUAUACUUCAACUCUCAAAAUGGUGCUUUAUUUAUCUGCCGUGCUUGUUUUUGUUAAACAUUUGAUAUUUGUGUGAGAUCCUGUAAAUUCUUAUCCUGAUUUCACUUUUCCUCUAAUCCAUGUUUUCCUCACAUGGCAACUCUUGGAAAUCCUACUCAACCCUAUGGAAAUUCUGUAUCCAUUCAGUACUUUAUUUCCUUGCCAGCAUCACUUCUAUCAUGUAUAUUAAUCCUGCUGAUUUCACGUGCAUUUAGUUUUAGUGCCUUAGUUUCUCUGUCUAUAGAGGACAAAUUAGACCUUGGUUACACAUGCAUUGCAUGUAGAAGAUGCUUAAACAUGCUGCUUAUCCAUAACUACCUUUACACUCUGUAAAAGGUUUGGUUUUGGACUGAUCAUCGUAACAAGUUGUUGUACUUAAAAGUAUUCUCAUUAUGUGGCUCUUGUUUCUCCUAUUUUCAGCAUUGCCCCUAAAGAUAUGUGUGUCAGUUAGCUAAAUGAUGCUGUAAAUGUAUAUGGCUUAUACGUGUGUAUUGCUAUGUAUGUUAAGACGGCACAUUUUUGUACAGCAUUUCUUGUGCAUGCUCCCUAAAACCAGGCCAUAUAGCUCUGAAUGAUCGAAGUCUGUCUGCAAUCUAAUGCAUUGUGUAAAUGACAUUCAGAAAAGUCUCUGAUCUUCAGAAGGUGCUGAGGAAAGUUUGUCAUUGACUCAUCAUUUUGAUACAUUUUACUGGACAUGAAGGUGUUUUCGAAUUGCCUGUAAGAGCAUUGCUGUAAAUGCAAGAUUUGAUGUGAUGUGUAUGUAACGCAUCCACCAAUAAGAAAAAAAUAAAGGGUUUAAAAAAUUAGUGCAUUUUCAUAUGAUACAGCAUCUUACUUGUACCUUACA